CCAGAAAUACUAAGUUACUCUUUCCAGGUGAUUAAGAGAACGCUCUGGGCCCUCGUUGGUGAGUUGCAGCCCAGAACUCCAGGCUCUGCUGGGAGGAGGAGGAAGGGAAGUCGGAAGAGGUCUUCGGACUUGGUGGCCCGGUUUUCAUCCUCAUGGCUUCGCCCCGGGGCCCCAGCAGCGAGUGCUCCCAUGUCAUAGAUCACACCCACGUCCCUGAGUUCGAGGUGGCCACGUGGAUCAAAAUCACCCUCGUCUUGGUGUACCUGGCUAUCUUCGUGGUGGGCAUUGUGGGGAACAGUGUCACCAUUCGGGUCACGCAGGUGCUGCAGAAGAAAGGCUACUUGCAGAAGGAGGUGACGGAUCACAUGGUGAGCCUGGCUUGCUCGGACAUCUUGGUCUUCCUCAUUGGCAUGCCCAUGGAGUUCUACAGCAUCAUCUGGAACCCCCUGACCACGCCCAGCUAUGCUCUGUCCUGUAAGAUUCACACUUUCCUCUUCGAGGCCUGCAGCUACGCCACCCUGCUCCACGUGCUGACGCUCAGCUUUGAGCGCUAUGUGGCCAUCUGCCACCCCUUCCGGUACAAAGCUGUGUCUGGGCCCUGCCAGGUGAAGCUGCUGAUUGGCUUUGUCUGGGUCACCUCCGCCCUGGUGGCGUUACCUUUGCUUUUUGCCAUGGGAAUUGAGUACCCCCUAGCGAACGUGCCCAAUCACCGGGGUCUGCCCUGCAAUCGCUCCCAGACUCGCCACCACCAGCACCCGGAGACCUCCAACAUGUCCAUCUGUACCAACCUUUCCAGCCGCUGGACCGUCUUCCAGUCCAGCAUCUUCAGCGCCUUCAUCAUCUACCUCUUGGUCCUGGUCUCCGUGGCCUUCAUGUGCUGGAACAUGAUGCAGGUGCUCAUGAGGAGCGGCCAGGCUGGGGGGACCAGGAAGGGACAGGAGCUUCAGCUGAAGAAGUCGGAGAGCGAGGAGAGCAGGACAGCCAGGAGGCAGACCAUCAUCUUCCUGAGGCUGAUUGUCGUGACCUUGGCCGUCUGCUGGAUGCCUAACCAGGUGCGGAGGAUUAUGGCAGCGGCCAAACCCAAGCACGACUGGACCAAGACCUACUUCCGGGCGUACAUGAUCCUCCUCCCCUUCUCCGACACCUUCUUCUACCUGAGCUCCGUCAUCAACCCGCUCCUGUACAACGUGUCCUCGCAGCAGUUCCGCAGGGUGUUCGGCCAGGUGCUGCGCUGCCACCUGACGCUGCCCCACGCCAACCACAGCAAGCACCUGCGCGCCCACGGCGCCUGCACCGCCGCCAGCACCCGCUCGGCGCGCCGCCCCCUGAUCUUCAGGGCUUCGCGUUCCAACUCCUCUGCAAGAACGAACAAGAUUUUCUUGAGCACUUUCCAGAGCGAGGCCAAGCCCCAGUCUGAGCCCCAGCAAUUGAGUCUCGAGUCACUAGAGCCCAAUUCGGCAAUGAAACCCCCCACUCCUGCCACGGGGAAUGGUUUGCAGGAGCAUGAAGUGUGAAUGUCAGGUAUGGAAACCUUGAAGGCUAACCGGCCUUCUAACUCCCCCAACGAAAGCAACAUUAUCCUGACACAGCGGGGACGAACUGUGCCCUUAGGAGGAACAGCAGUGGGAGCUAGGGGCCUUGGGGGAAAAUGGAUGCCCACCUAA